GGCUUAUGUCAUACGUCACUCAGAAUUUCAAAAAUGUAGCAAGUUUUACUAAAAAGUGAAUACUUUGUUAUUGCAAAAAGGCAUUGGAAAGCUACAAUAAUAAAUAUUAAAAAUAUAAAGCCCUUUUAUAUUAUUAUUGGAAAUAUAAUGUUUCACCAUAAUUGCCAGUAAACAACUUAUUUAAUUUACUGAUUCAAAGUGGACGUAUUGGAACUUUGUAAUAAAAGCAUAAACAAGUAGUAAAUUAUUAAAUUUAUAUUUUCACACAUGUGAUUUGAGGUUAUAUUUUAUUUAUAUAUUUUAUAUAAAAUAAUUUUACAAUGGCAGGGGUACUAACAAGAAGAUUAUUAAGCACGAACGUGCUUAAAUUUGGGAAUAUUUGCCCAAUUAUUUCUAUGUGUCAAAAUACUGUUUCAUCUCCGAUUAUAAACACAAAUUAUAUAUUCCACAAACAUCAAGAAUUGCCUCUGAAGCACAGCUGUAUUAGUUUAAGGCAUUUUAGUGAUAAUCCCUUAGGAAAAAUAGAGUAUAAACCUCCAAAAAAAGGUGAAACCAAAGAAAAACUUUCUUUAUUUAAACGAUUUAAAAAAAUGUAUAAAGACUACUGGUAUGUGCUUAUACCUGUGCAUCUGGUAACAUCUGCAGCCUGGUUUGGAGGAUUUUACUACCUGGCAAAAAGUGGUGUAGACAUUGCUGGAUUAAUGGAGUCAUAUAAUGUAAGUGAAACCAUUACAAAACCAUUCAGGGACUCAAGUAUGGGAUAUAUAGCAAUAUCAUAUGGUCUAUAUAAAAUAGUUACGCCAAUACGAUAUACUAUUACCUUGGGAGGAACUACUGUUUCCAUAAACUAUCUGAAAAAAUGGGGUUAUAUUAAACCAGUUCCGAGCAAGGAAGAACUAAAAGAAAUGUAUCAAGAAAAGAAGGAGAAUUUGCUGGAAAAUGUUAUGGGUAAGAAGGAUAAUUUUGUGGAAAAUGCAAAGAAACAACAGGACGAUUUAAUAAAAGAAGUAAACAAAACUAUUGAGAAAAUAAAGAAAACAGAAAACACUAGUAUUAAGAAAUAAUUAUGUGCUGAUAUUCUACAAUUUUUAUUUGUUAUUUGUACAUUUUAAUAAAAAUAUGUAAUUUAAUUACGUAUGCAUAUUUUUAUAAAUAAAUACUCCAAUGGGUGUAUGAUAGGUCUAAAAAUUGCAUAUAAUGUUAUUA